CACUUCCUAGCAUAUCUGUCAUACCAUGGAAGGUGUCAAAUGCAUUUCCUUCAUUCUUCUUCUUUUUCAUCUUCUCCUUCCAUCUUCUGAUUCAUUAAGCUUUCAGAUAUCUUGCUUUGACCCAAGUUCUACUGAUGUUCUCUACCAAGGAGAUGCAGUGCCUUCUGUGGGACCUGUUGACUUAAUCAACAAACUUAAUUACGUUUGUCGAGUUGGUUGGGUCACCUAUGCACAGAAAGUCUUGCUCUGGGAUUCCAACUCUGGAAAGCUUUCAGACUUUAGUUCUAAUUUCUCCUUCACCAUUGACGCACAAAAUGUCGCUAAAUUUGGCCAUGGAAUUGUUUUUUUUCCUUGCUCAUGUUGAAUUUCAAAUCCCACCCAACUCCGCUGGUGGCUUUCUCGGCUUAUUCAACACCACGACUAGUUAUUUCCCUUUGAACAAGAUUGUCACUGUGGAAUUUGACACUUUCAAUAACCCUGAAUGGGAUCCUCAAGAUGUUCAAUCUCAUGUGGGAAUUAACAACAAUACCAUUGCCUCUGUUGUUUACACUUCUUGGGAUGCGAGUUUUCACAAUGAAGACAUCACUGAUGUAAUGGUUUCUUAUAAUUCUACAACCAAAAAUUUGAGUGUUUCUUGGAGCUCUCAAACAACCAAAAAUCCUUUGGAAAAUUCAAGCCUUUCUUGUCAAAUUGAUCUGGCAAAGGUGCUGCCAGAAUGGGUAACAAUUGCGUUUUCGGCUGCUACAGGACAAUAUGUUGAACAACAUACACUUCGAUCUUGGCAAUUCCAUUCAAGUUUGGAUUCAAAGGAAACCAUUAGAAAUUUGUCAAUAAAAAUCAAAAUUGUUGUUGGUACUGUAGUACCAGUGGUUGUUCUUCUCAUUGGAGCAUUUCUAGCAUCUAUAAUUAUUAAGAAGAGGAAGAAAGGGAAGAAAAAAGCAGAGGCAAUGAAUUUAACAUCAAUCAAUGAUGAUUUUGAGAAGGGCACGGGACCAAAUAGGUUUUCUUACCAAGAUCUUGCUUCUGCUAGUAAUAAUUUUUCUCAAGAUAGGAAAUUGGGUGAAGGAGGUUUUGAUGCAGUUUAUAAGGGCUAUCUAGCCAAUAUAGACAUGUUGAUUGUUGUAAAGAGGAUUUCAAAAAGAUCCAAACUAGGGAAAAAGGAGUAUGUAACAGGGGUGAAGAUCAUUAGUCAGUUAAGCCAUUGGAAUUUGGUGCAGCUCAUUGGUUGGUGCCAUGAGAAGAUUUUGUACCUUCACGAAGGGUGGGAGCAGUGUAUACUGCAUAGGGAUAUAAAGUCUAGUAAUAUAAUGCUAGAUUCCAAUUUUAAUGCCAAGUUUGGUGAUUUUGGGUUGGCUAAGUUGAUGGACCACGAUGUAGGUCAGAUGACAACAGGUUUGGCAGGUACUUUAGGUUACAUGGCUCCAGAGUACAUAAGAACAAGGAAGGCAAGUAAGGAGUCAGAUGUGUAUAGCUUUGGGGUGGUGAUAUUAGAGAUUACUACUGGAAGAAAGUCUACAGAUUGGAUGGAUGAGUCUAAUGUGGGGAUGUUGGAGUGGGUUUGGGAUCUUUAUGGAAAAGGAAGGGUUCUUUCUGGUGUUGAUGAGAAAGUGCAAGAAAAUUUUGAUGAAAGACAAGCAGACUGUUUGAUGAUUGUGGGAUUAUGGUGCAUUCAUCCUUAUAGCAGCUCAAGGCCCUCAAUUAGACAAGCAAUUCAGGUUCUUAACUUUGAGGCACCCAUGCCAAGUUUUCCUCCAAAAAUGCCUGUGCCAAUAUAUUGUGUUCCUACACCAUCAAUGAGCCUUGGAGAGAUUACUAAUUCUAGCAUACAAGUAGGUCGUUAGACAUCAUUUAAUUGCCUUUUCAUUGUGUAAACUGUCCAAUUAUCUGAUAAUAUUCUAGACUUCUUGAAGUUGGAUUUGAAUUCUUAGAUAAAUUUGUUAAAAUAUU